UCGACACUUUUAUAAGAGUAUCCAGACAUAAAUGUAAUCUGUGGUGUCUGCCACCUCAUUGAACCCAGCCGUGGCAGAGUUCAGCGCUUCGGAUUGGUAUUGGAAGGGGUCGAUGGAUGGAGCGACUCAGACUGCGGGUAAACAAUGCGGCGCUUGACAAAACUGUGUGCGAAAAAGGCAGACAACGCAAAAGCAACAAUUGAAAUGAAAAACGAAACGAGCUGCAAUUACAACGGCAGCAACUUCAGGCGGCAGACUGCAAACUGCGGAUGCAAACGCAAGGUUCCACAACAUUGAAGCCUCUCAGCAGCGGCGGAUAUUGCAACGAGAGCAUCUGCAUCUGCAUCUGCAGCGGAAUCCGCAGCUGUUGCUGGUGGCCAAUUGGCUAGGUGGCAAGUGAAUAAAAGCCACCUACACACCAUCGAGUGGCAUCAGUUGCAAGCAGCGAGCUACCAAGACCAACCACCGAGGAUUAAACCACCCACAAGAUGAUGAAACUGGUAGUGUCGUUACUCUCCAUUUGCGCCUUGGCGGCAGCUCGUCCUGGUUUCCUGCAUGGCCACCACCAUCAUUAUCCGGAGAUCCCUUACUAUCCACACCACCACCAUGUGGAACCACUGCACUACCAUCUGCCCGCCGCCGUCUCCCACCAGAGCUCCACGGUGGUGCACAAUGUGCCGCACCACAUAAUUAAGCCAGUCCUGCUGCCCACUGUGGUGAAGACAGUGGUGCAUCCGCCCAUCAUCAAGGCUUACCAUCCUGCACCCAUCAUCAAGGCGUACCACCCCUACGAUCCUUUCCAUCUGCAUCACCAUCACGACUUCCACGACUACCAUCUGCACUAAACGACGAUCCUGGCGAUUGACUGAUGAUUGAUAACGAUAACUGAUUAACGAUAACGACGACGGGGAGAAUGCAACCUUAGUAUGCUGUGUAUGUUUGCGUGUGUCGAUUGUUCAUGUGUAAGGACCAACUGGAGGUUUCGCUGUAAGCUGCUGAAUAUUCUAUUCCAUCUAUCUGUAAUGCUGUACAUAAAAGAUACAACACCUAAAAAUGAAGAUUUUACUUGGGAUAAUGGAGAGCACAGUUCUCAAAGGAUU